AAGUUCAAAAAUCACAUAACAUAUCGGGCCAAAAUUCAUGGAUCGUUUGUGUCAUUAUCCAAUACAAGAUCAAUUUACAAUCUCUAAUCACAUACUAAAUCAACGAGUCAUGUAAUAUUCAACGUCCUACGAAAGCGCGGGAAAGAGUACAGCCCUGAAACAUGGGACCGUUAAAAGCCGUUGAUGAUCGUUCCUCCCUCGCGCUCGUUCCAACUUCCCCCAGGUACGGCCUCGGACUCUGCAACUCCAAACGCAUCGACCCACGCCGACACUGUCCCAUGAAAUCGUCUUCCCAAAACCGGCGUUCAAGAGCAAGAACCAUGGAGCGAAAGGCCAUGUCUCUCCUCCGCAAUUCCAAGAGCCUCGGCCACCUCCGACAAGCGCACGCCCUCGUCCUGAAAACCCGUCUCGAUGCCGACAACUACGUCGUCGCCAAGCUCUUGCGGACGCUGCUCGCGCAUUCCUCUGCGCCCGGCGAUCUGUUGCCUUAUGCUCGCUCCAUUUUCGACUCGGUCUCGUCCCCCGAUGCGUUCAUUUUCAACACCAUGAUGCGCGCUAAUUUGAUUUCCCAGAGGCCCCAGGAAACCUUGUCUCUGUUUCUCCGAAUGCGCCGUCAAGACGGAGUCUUUUGCGAUAGUUUUAGUCUUUCUCUGGUGGUUCAGGCGUGUGGUAGGUUGAUGGAUGGUGAUAAUGGUCGAACGGUGCAUGCUCAAGGGAUGAAAAUUGGGUUCGAAUCGGAUUUGUUUGUUCAAACUGCUUUGAUUGAGAUGUACGCGAGACUGGGUUCUGUAGAGAUUUCGAAGAGGAUUUUAGAUGAUUUGAAGGAACCGGAUUUGGUUUCAUACAAUGCGCUGUUGGCUGAGUAUGUGAGGAUUGGCGAAAUUCAGUUGGCACGUGACUUGUUCGAUAAAAUGCUUGAGAGAGACUUGGUUUCGUGGAAUACCAUGAUUCAUGGGCACGCCACGCUCGGUGAUGUUGUGGAGGCAAGAAAGCUUUUCGACAAUGCUAGGCAAAGAGAUGUAGUUUCUUGGAGUUCCAUGAUUGGAGCUUAUGCGAGGACUCGGCAGUCUAAUGAGGCGUUGAAGCUGUUUCACGAGAUGCAAUUAGCAAAUGUGGUGCCGGACAACGUCACAAUGGUCAGUGUAUUGGCUGCCUGUGGAGACAUAGGUGCACUAGGAAUGGGCAAAAUGAUUCAUGAGUACAUACAGAGAACUAGGAUUGAAGUAGAUAUGAAGCUGGGCACUUCACUUGUGGACAUGUAUGCGAAGUGCGGCGACAUAGACAGCUCAUUGAGUGUAUUUAAUCGAAUGGACAGAAGGGACGUCCUCACAUGGAGUUCUGCCAUUAUGGGGCUUGCUAACCAUGGAUCUGGUCAAGCCGCUCUCGAAUUCUUCUCCAAAAUGAUAGCUGAAGGAAUUAAACCCAAUGAUAUUGCCUUUGUCGGGGUUUUGAGUGCAUGCAGCCACAUGGGCCUUGUAGAUGAGGGAUGGACAUACUUCACAUGCAUGAGUGAUGGUUACGGCAUUACUCCUAAAAUUGAACAUUUUGGUUGCAUGGUCGAUAUGUUUGCUCGUGCAGGGCGACUUCAAGAGGCUAGGGAGCUCAUUAGAAGGAUGCCAUUCGCACCAGAUGCUGUUGUUUGGAGGGCCCUUCUUGGAGGUUGCAGAGUCUACAAGGACACUGACCUAGCAGAAGAAGCCAGAGUCAAUCUUCUUGACUUGGAACCACAUGCAGACGGGAAUUAUGUUCUCUUGUCAAACAUUUAUACCCAAAAAAAGAAGUGGGACAAAGUUAUUCACGUGAGAAAAAUGAUGAGGAAUGUAAAUAUUGAGAAGGCUCCUGGCAGCAGUUCCAUUGAAGUGGACAAUGCAGUUUAUGAAUUCGUUGCCGGCGAUAAGUCACACCCACGGACGGAGGAGAUAUACCAAAUGUUGAGUGAGAUAUUCAAAAAACUGAUGCUUGCUGGGUACAAACCGCUAACUUCCUUAGUUUCACAAGAUCUUGAUGAGAGACAGAAAGAGAUUGCAUUGGCUCAUCAUAGUGAGAAGCUGGCUAUUGCUUUCGGACUUCUCAGUACAACUCCCAGAACUCCUCUUAGAAUUGUUAAGAACUUACGAAUAUGUGAUGAUUGUCAUUUGGUCAUAAAACUUAUCUCGAAGAUUUACAACAGGGAGAUCAUAGUUAGGGAUCGUAACCGCUUCCAUCAUUUUCUUGAAGGUUCGUGCACUUGUCGGGAGUAUUGGUGAGGAAGGAGGAGCACUAGGAAACUUUUUUUUGGCAUUCAAGAUACCU